AUGCCGUCUGCCUGCUGUGCUACCUGCUAUGAUGUUGUGAGUUGUGCUGUGAGAGUGUUGUGUUGUUGUUGUUUCUGCGUUGUGAGCUGUGUCUACUGUUUCUGUGGAGCUGUGAGCUAUGCUGCCUGCUAUGAUGCUGUGAGUUGUGCUAUUUCUGUGCUGUGUUGCUGCUGUUUCUGUGCUGUGAGCUGUGUCUGCUGUUUCUGUGGAGCUGUGAGCUGUGCUGCCUGCUGUAAUGUUGUGAGUUGUGCUGUUUCUGUGUUGUGUUGCUACUGUUUUUGUGUCUGUGAGCUGUGUCUGUGUUGUGAGCCGUGUCUGUGCUGUGAGCUGUGUCUGCCUGCUGCCUGCUGUGAGCUGUGUCUGUGCUUUGAGCUGUGCUGUGAGCUCACUGCUCUUGUUUUUGCUGUGAGUUCACUUCUGCUUGCUGUGUCUAUGCUAUUUCCUGAGCUCACUGCUCCUGUGUUUAUGCUGUGA